CGCCCCUCCGGCGGAGCGCGCCCGGGGCGGCGGGAGCGGCGCGGAUGGCCCAGGUGCUGCCGGGGGGGCGCGGAGCCGGAGGCUCCACAUCUGUUUGUUACAAGCCCACUAGCCCAGUCCAGGUACUGGAAGACACUGGCUUUCUUUACCAGGAUCACCAGUUGUUUGCUGGCAGGCAUGAAGUUUCUCCGCUGACAGCUGAAGUGAUCAGUGCCAAAGAAAAAGCUGCCGAGGAGACCCUCUGCACCCUGCGCCCACCCAGCUUCCGCCGGGUCCCAGAGGCGGAGAUGCGAGGGGCGGAGGAGGUGGCAGCCGGCACCGUCCUGCAGCGCCUGAUCCAGGAGCGGCUGAGGUAUGGCAACCCCAGCGAGAACAUGAACCUGCUGGCCAUACAGCACCAGGCGACGGGCAGCGCCGGCCCCUCCAACAGCACCGCCAGCACUCUGUCUUCCGCAGAAAACCUCGUGCCCGAGGAGCCGCCAAUGGUCCAGCCGUCAGGGCGGCAGGAACCUCAGGGGCAGGAGCACCAAGGGGACGGUGCUGCGAUGGAGAAGCAGCCCCGGGCCCCGCAGGCCCCUCACGGCACCGAGGAGCUCCCCACCUACGAGGAGGCCAAGGCCCAGUCUCAGUUUUUCCGAGGCCAGCCGCCGGCCACCGCUGCCGCCCCGGCUGUGUACGGCUCGUCCGGCCACAAGUCCAGGACGGAGGGGAGAGCGACGGUGAGCCGGGCCAGCAGCGGGCAGGCGCACAAGGAUGAGGCGCUGAAGGAGCUGAAGCAGGGCCACGUCCGCUCGCUCAGCGAGAGGAUCAUGCAGCUCUCGCUGGAGAGGAACGGGGCCAAGCAGCACCCCCCGGCCCCGGGGGGCGGGAAGGGCUUCAAGGCGGCCCCGCCGCCCGGCAAGGCCACCGACCCGCGGGGCCCUCCGCCCGAGUACCCCUACAAAGGCAAGGCGGGGGCCCCCGGCAGCAAGGCACAGGAGCACGGGCUCUUCUACAGCGAGCAGCCGGCACAGGAUGUCCUCAAGGCCUCCUACGCCGCUCCCCAGCCCGCGCGGGCCGAGGUGGCCCUCGUCCGCUACCAGCCGCCCCCGGAGUACGGGGUCAGCAGCCGACAAUGCCAGCCGCCCUUCCCGCCACCGCCGGCCCAGCAGCACAGCCCCAUGUCCUCACAGGCCACUGCUGCUGGUGGCCCUUUGCUCCCAGGAGCCUUGCCACCACUGCCAGCCCCCACCACUGCCCAGGCGUCGACACCGUCACCACCAGGCCAGCAGCUGACACCCGACGCUUUUGCCAUCGUGGAGCGGGCACAGCAGAUGGUGGAGAUGCUCUCUGAGGAGAACCACGUGCUGCGGCAGGAGCUGGAAGGGUACUAUGAGAAGGCAGACAAGCUGCAGAAGUUUGAAGUAGAGAUUCAGAGGAUUUCAGAAGCUUAUGAGAGCCUGGUCAAGACCACCACUAAGAGGGAGUCUUUGGACAAAGCGAUGAGAAACAAACUUGAAGGAGAAAUUAGGAGACUUCAUGACUUCAACAGGGAUCUCCGUGAACGACUGGAGACAGCCAAUAGGCAGCUAGCCAGCAGAGACUUCGAAGGGCAUGAGGAUAAGUCAACAGAGGGCCUUUAUGUCACUCAGAACAAAGAGCACCUGAAGGAGAAGGAAAAGCUGGAGAUGGAGCUGGCAGCUGUGCGCUCUGCCAAUGAGGACCAGCGGAGGCACAUUGAAAUCCUCGACCAGGCCCUAAACAAUGCACAAGCCAAGGUCAUCAAACUGGAAGAGGAGCUGCGCAGGAAGCAGGCCUACGUGGAGAAGGUGGAGAAGCUGCAGCAGGCGCUGACACAGCUGCAGGCGGCCUGCGAGAAGCGGGAGCAGAUGGAGCGGCGGCUGCGCACGCGCCUGGAGCGGGAGCUGGACUCGCUGCGGAUGCAGCAGAGGCAGGGCAGCUACCAGGCAAGCAGCCUCCCAGAGCACAAUGCCCCAGCCCUGAUGGAGCUGGUGCGGGAGAAGGAGGAGAGGAUCCUGGCCCUGGAAGCUGACAUGACCAAGUGGGAGCAGAAGUACCUGGAGGAGAGUACAAUCAGGCACUUUGCCAUGAAUGCUGCAGCCACAGCUGCAACAGAGAGGGACACCUCAGCCCCGAGCCACUCACGCAAUGGCAGCUACGGCGAGAGCGCGCUGGAGGUGCGGGGCUGGCAGGAGGAGGAGGAGAUCGUGCAAGCCAACCGGCGCUGCCAGGACAUGGAGUACACAAUAAAGAAUCUCCAUGCAAAAAUCAUUGAGAAGGAUGCCAUGAUCAAGGUCCUUCAGCAGCGGUCGCGGAAGGACCCCGGGAAAGCUGACAGUGCCAGCCUGCGACCAGCUCGCUCCGUCCCUUCCAUCGCCGCUGCUGCAGGGACACAUUCGCGCCAGACCUCGCUCACCAGCAACCAGAUAGCUGAGGAGAAGAAGGAAGAGAAGAUCUGGAAGGGAAGCAUAGGGCUGCUCCUGGGGAAGGAGCACCACGACCACUCCUCGGGACCCUCGCUGCCUCCUCCGCUGCCCUCCUUGUCCUGCAUGCCCAUCCCGGCCCCGGCAGCUUCCCACAUGAAGACGGGCAGCAAAGACAGCAGCACCCAGACGGACAAGAGUGCUGAGCUCUUCUGGCCCAGCACUGCCUCCUUCCCUGGCCGAGGACGGCUGGGCACCACCCCGUCACACAGCCCUGCCCCACGGCCCCCGGGGACACGAGUCACUGACAAUGCAGGCCAUGGGAAGCUGCCUGACAGCAAAGGCAGAGUGAGCAGCUUGCUCCACAAGCCUGAGUUUCCAGAUACAGACAUGAUGGAAGUCCUCAUCUGAGCAGAGGGUGACGUCUCUGGGGUUUCACAUGUGUUUACGGCCAGGUCUAACGUGGUCCUCGGUGUGCCAACCUUAAAAACUAACCCUGAGAGUUUGAAGAAGGAUAGUGAAAGUUUGUACCCAAAAUUAAGCUUGAGUCUGAGAUGUCAAGACUUUGGACAAGACAAGAACUCAAGAGCGCUGAAGAGGAGCAAUGAAGUGAAUGUCUGGGAUUUUCCAAGCAGAAGAGGACAUUGAAAAUGGAAUGUGGUGUGAGAAGGGGAUUGUUGAGGGAAGAGAAAAUUGCAUUUUCUGGUAUAAAGAGAAGGUAGUGAAGUUACAGACUGGGUGCAAACUGCCACUCUGUUUCCCUGCCUCUCUGCAGCCAGGGCAGGGAGUGAAAUCCUGGCUCUUUUGAGGCCAGAGGGACUUUCUGAAUAACCCAGGAGAAACGUGCAUCUUCCUCAGUAUCAAUUAAUUUCUCAGCUGCUUAAUUUCAGUGAAUAUUUGGUCCGUAGAUGUGCAUGGCAGGUUCUUGUAAGUAGUUGUUUGAAGUGGUGUGGUGUGGUUUUCCUGGGCAGGCAGGUCAGGUGGCUCUUCCCUGGCUGGCCUGGUAUUGCUCUUGGAGCUGGAUUUACAGUGCAAAUAUUCAUGUCUUGCAACCUCAGAGCUUGCUGAGACUUCUUUUUUUGGUAGGAGCAGUUGUUGGCUGGAAUUCCUAUUGAAGCAUGAAAGUAGAGGGAGGGAAGAGGACCCUGCUGAAGCAAUCCUUUUUUUGAGGAUGGGAAAGUUUCAGGAGGAAAAGUCAGGAGAGGAUCCCAGCAGCUCCCUGAGGGCUGUGUGGUGUGGAAGCUCAUUUGGGGCAGGAGUUGCUGUGGGGAGUGUUUCCAUUGGAGUUAAGUGAAGCUUGCUUGUGAGAUCAGAAGGUGGCUCUAACUGUGCACUGGGUCAUAGUAGUGGAAAAACCAGAGUGUUUGUGGUAAGAACAGGAUUUAUCCUUUAUUUUCAAUGCCUACAGCCAAAUCCUACAUCCUUGAGCGUAGAAACCUGCUGUUCAAGCUGACAUGGAACAGGGCAUUAAGGGGUGUAGGAUCAGGUCGGGAAGAGUUUAACUGCAAAGCAAAGCAUGAGCAUCACAUGUUUUUUGUGCUGAGCUAAGUACUUCCUCACAGGGAGGGUGAUUAGAUGUUGGAAUGGACUUCCCAGGGAAGUGGUGGAGGCACCGUCCCUGGAUGUGUUCAAGGAAAGGCUGGAUGUGGCACUUAGUGCCAUGGUCUAGCUGAUGUGGUGGUGUUGGUCAUAGGCUGGACUUGAUGAUCUUAAAGGUCGUUUCCAGCCUUGGUGAUUCUGUGAUUCUUUUCACCUCAUUUUACCUGGGACGGAACAUUUCUCAUUUUCAGCUUAGUCCCUGGUUUCUGUAGGAGGUGGCCACUGUCUUUGUAAGACAGCCAACUCACCAGCAGUGUUAAUCAGGGUGUACUGUUUGCUUCAUGCAUUGCACAUGCUGAUCAGGAAAUUUUCCUCUUGGAGGUAUUUCUGUACUGGCUUUGCAGUUCCUGAGCCUUGUGGUGUGCCAUAAUGGCGUUAGGAAGAACAUCCCUUUGGGGAAAUGGGUGAUGGGAUUUUAUGUGAAGCUGCCUAGAGUGGAAAAUUGAUGGGUGCUGGAAAUAAUGGUGUGCUCAGGGCUGGCUCAAGGUCACCCCUUCCUGUAGGUGUCGGGUCAGAGCCCUUGGUUGUGAAAACACCAGGCACUUUAAACUCUGCUUCUACUGAAAACUGAAGUCCUUGCAACCUCAGCGCCUGCAGGGGCCAAAGCCCUGCACUCAGUACUGCCUGGCUGAGACCUUUUUUUAAAAAAAAAACACACCAACAUUGCUGUGUUGAAUCUAUGCACUUAUUUCUGCCUGUACAUAAAGUUACACAUACGUCAGUGUCGCCCUCUCUCUGUUUUUUGCACCUGUUGAACAAAGUAAUGGUAGGUUGUGUGGGCAAGCCAACUGUGUCUUUCAAGUAUUAGCAGCUUUGCAUUGUGAAACCAAAUGUGUUUGGUUCCAGACCCCUGGAAGAAGUUACGUGGCUUAAUAUAUGCCUUGUAAAAUAACUUUAUUUUUUAUCUCUGAAGUUAAUUCAAAGGUUAUAAGUGUUUGCAUAAAAGCUAGGCCUGCUCAUGGCAGCAGCACUGAACCCCCUCCAUGGCCCUUCCUCGAGUGUCUGUAGUGGGAGUGGGGCAGGAGGAGGACAAAGCAAGGGGAUACAAGUAAAACAAUGGUGAGUGUUUCAUUUCUUCAUGUAGUAAGGAUAUCCAGGUGCUUGGAAGUCCCUAAGCGUUUUUUUACCGGCUGUAUUAUUUCUUAUGAUGAAACCAAUUAAUAGUUUGUGUGCAGGCAGAGAGCUGGGCAUCCAGCAGAAGCAGUGUUGGAUCAGCAUGAGUGAUGUGGCUUUCAGUUAUGUUUGGUAGUAGUGCAGCUCAGCUUCUCCAGCUCAGCUAGAGUACAGCACUCCUCAUCUUUCUCCUCCCCAUGGAGGCCACAGUCCCUCCAGCUUCUGGUACCCCAAGGUGUGUUUACAGCCAGUGCUGCUCCAGAUUCAUGGUCACAUACAGGAAACCUUUUGUUUGAGACUGCAGUGCAGGCAAAUCUCAUCUGCUUUUGGAGUCCCAGCUUAAAUAAACUCGGAAGUUCAUUCUCCUCAAUUAUUUUGAACUCAAGAGAUGUUUGUUUUCCUGGAGAGGGAAGGUCUGGAGGACCAGCAGGUCUCCCCCCAGCCAGAGCACUAGCAGGACUUGUGUGGGGCAGUACUGCCAUAAAUCAGCCCCUCUCAUCAGAGUGAUGCAGGUCCAUUUGUGCUGCUUUUCCCAGCUCUUGGAACUGUUUUGUGUUUGGGGAAAUGUGCUGUAGCCAUUCCAGGUGACAUUGGUAACUAGUUGUAAAAUAAUGAUGUUUUUUAAUUGUCGUUGGUUGUAUAGAGAAGCUGGUGUACAGUGUUGUACAGCUGGAGGGUUAUUUGUACAUAGAGGGGAAAAUUAAGAAAGUUAUGUGUCACCCACAGCAAAUAUUGAUAUUGUUGGUCAGCCAAAGAUUUCUUGUUCUUUGCUGUUUAAACUUGUGCCUUAAUAUUGUAUAUAAUAAAUGUAUAAACAUGUUUCUUUUCUCA